GUUUCAGUGAUCAAUCACCUGCUCUUGGUGUAAAUCAAUAUCUGGUGUGUUAAUUUGCAUUCGAUAUUUCUUUGGUGGCCAGACUCAACUCGAGAUAUCAGGAUGGCUGCACGGCCCAGUAUGAUGUGCUAUGAUUGUGGCACAUGACUGCAGUAUAAAUCACCCUUGCAAAAGAUACUUUCAAAAGAACCUCAUCACGAUAGUGUAGGACUUUUUUGCACUCUGGUCGGGCAAUAUUCAAUUCGUUUAAACUAAGCAGAUAGGAAGGUGUUGCUGCCUAAACACCAGAAGAAGCUAUGCCGCCUUGGGAUCAGAUAUCAACAAGUAUACAUUCCUCGAUACAAUGGCCCCAAGACAGAAGAAGUGCAUUCAUCCGUCGCUGACGGUGGACGUAUCCCCCCAUGGUGCCGAGGCAGGAUACAAGCGGCCAGACUGGAAGCGCAGGGCCGCAGCUACAACUUCUUCCGGCCGCUUUCCAUGGGACGGCCCCAAAGAAGAGCCUGCUUCUCACCUCUUCACAUUCCCAGCGCCACUCGUCCUCCCUGACGAUGACCUCGCGCAGGACCCCGGCCAACCCCCGCAGAGCCUGCGGUCGUGGCACAACAUGCCCGAGAGGAAUCAUGCCACCUGCAACAGAAAGACAGUGUACGUGGCGAGGCCGCCAGCUAUUCCAGAGUCAUUGUCGGUCAUGAGCAAGUGGAUCGAACCAGCAGCAGCAGCAGCAGCAGCAGCAGCAGCAGUGCAGCCACCCAAAGCGGAUGAUAUCCUGGCGUAUCUCGGCGCUUUCUACCACGGCUUCGAAGUGAGGGAGUACAAUCCUACACUCCGGUUCGAGCCCUGGGAAGACAAUGCGAGCAAGGGCAACCCAACAUCCUUUGUGGCUCUGAAAGAAGGACCGGCCGAUAGCCUCACGCGCAUCCGAGCGAGACCCAGCCUGGACGGUGUCUUUUCCCACCAGCUCAACCUCAAUGACAUGCUGGACUGUGCCAUCAGGAUCCUCCCUCGAGAUGCGUACGCCCUCCUCCUCCUCGUGGACCACGACCUUUAUGAGGACGAGGACGACGAUUUCUGCUGCGGCAGGGCCUACGGCGGCAGCCGUGUGGCUGUAGUCUCCUCGGCACGCUAUAGCCCCCUCUGCCACGCCCACGAGGGUGUGGACACAUCACACAUCUGGCCCGCGUCGCACUGCGCGGCGUACGUGGCAUCCCAGUGCCUGUGGCUCUUCUGCCUGGCGCGUACGGCCUCCCACGAGCUGGGUCACUGCUUCGGCAUGGCCCACUGCAUGUACUAUGCGUGCGUCAUGCAGAGCACGGCGGGGGUGGCUGAGGACUGCAGGCAGCCGCCGUACCUGUGUCCUGUCUGCGCGGAGAAACUCUCCGUGGCCGCCGGGGAGGCCCACGGACCUCUUGUGAUGGGCAUGGUGUGGUACGAGUAUCACAGACUCUAG